AUGUGUCUUCGGCGUGAAUGGAACAUCCGGCGCCCUAAUGUUUCUACUAUCCGUAGUUUGGAAAUUGAACCCUCCUUGAGAGGUAGUAACGACGCCGUCCUGACGAGUAUAAAGAUUCCAGCUACAAAGUUGCCUGGAGAUUUCCGCAACAACAGCUUCCAUAUGAUAACUGCUUGUGGCAUUGGAAUUAUCUUUCCGUCUUCGUCAAGUUCAAAAGAGUAUACAUGCGGUCGUGGUCUAAAUUAUCAAUAUCUAUUUGUUGGUUAUAGGCUUUAA